AGGCCUCGUCUCUUUCUAGCCUUCUCUCAGGCUGGCUGGUCUGGGUGAGUACUGCCAGCUCUGCGCACGUGCAUUUGGUGUGCCUGCAUGUGUGUGUGUAUGUGUUGUCUGGUCCAGGUGCAGGGCUGGGCAGGGGCCCGGCUCCUCUAUCUUCUGGCCCAUGGGCAGUGGCAACUUAAGGGCUCUGGUUCCGGCGCUGGCUGGUCCCCAGCCUAUCUGUGUCUCCACACCGCUCCAGGACAGGCCACAUGCGCAAGUAGCCAGAGACACUUCUUCAGAAUCCUUAAUAGGGUGGCUGGUACGUGGUCUGGGGCUGUAUGGCCUGGUCUUCCCCACCCAGAGAUUGCCCCCCACACAGCUGAGUGCUCCGACUGGUAUGGACUGCAUCCACCUCUGCAGUCUCUUCUCCACGCCCCUCACCAAAGGCCUGGAGGCUGGAGUGCCCACGGGUAGGGGAGGGCCCGUCAAUUAGCAUGGACUGGGACCUUCCCUCUGACCCCCAGUCAGGUCCUCUGCAGCCUAGCCUCUUCACGUGAGGGGCAGUCAAGUCAAGGGGGAUGAGCUGCCUGUGUGGUGGGGCAUGUGAAGAAAUGGCAAAAGGCCCGCAGCUCCAGGCCUUGUCCAGCUGCAGGCCACAUGCCCAGAGCAGGGCCUGGAAACAUCCUUAAUGUGAAGGGUUGUACAGAAGGGUCUCUGCUGAGACCAGGAAACCACACUGUGCUCAGACCUCUGGGAAGGAAGGCCAGUUGUGUAUCUCUGCGGGUGUAUGCUGUCUUCUCUUCUCUUCCCCAGCUCUCUUCCCUCCCUCACUCGCUCCCGGCCGUGAGGCCCCUGAGGAGUAGUGGUGCAACAGUGGAGGGGGGCCAGGCGUCUUCUCUGCCGAGCUUUCCCGUGGUUCUUUGAGUGGCCACGGGUUGAGGUUGACUGGGCACCCGGCAUGGCCCGGUGGCCUCUCUGCACACUGCCACAGGAUGGUAGUGCAGGUCUGUGGCUCUGCUUCUUCUCUUUUUGGUGCCCUCUGUCGUCAUGAGGCUCAGGAUGGGCCGGGCCUGGCCUGUGAGUAGCAUAGGUGCCAAGGCCAGGGCAGGAGCUGGCUUGGGGCCUGUGUGGGCCAUCGUGGUGGUAGGCCUUGGAGAGUCGACUGGCCCAGAGGAUCCAGGGCUCCUUCCCUGCUCAAGGCUGGUGGCACAAGGGCUGCUGACGGAAGGCCGUUUCUGCUGGUGAUGUUAAUUAAGUCUGGCCACGGAUGCCGUCUAGGGACAGGUGGCAGCUGUCGGGCAUGUGCAGGACUGCGUGGGCGAACAGAGGCAGGCAAGGACAGGGCAUUCUGCAGCUGAAGCCAGCCAGAGUGGCCUCUGACCAUUCUGGAUGAUCGGACCCAGGCUGGGCCAGCCAUCUUCUUGCGCCGUUCUCACUGCGUCUCCACCCUAGCCGAAGCCAUCAUGGGAGGGCCCGGGAGGGGGAGACUCAGUGGAGGAGGGAGUCAGGCCUGUGACUCUCUACACGGCAGCCCCUCAGCAGCAGAGGCUGGUUGUCUUUCUGAGCAUUUGCGGCGCCCUUCUCUUAGAUAAUGUCCGAGUUUUCUUUACAUACCUGUAGCUGUUUUUACUUUUCUGUUUUUGAAGUCAGUUUGUGUCUUGACGUGUCCCUUGCAAUAUCCCUAUCGUUAUAUAUGCUGUGUGCCUUAUGAAAUGCUGGGAUCUGGAAAAUCCAAUCAACCAACCCACCGGCUCCUCACCGUCUCCACCUCUGCCUUUGACUGACACCUCAAUCUGUCAAUCGGAACCGCCUACCAUGCGAUUGGUCGGAUGGCGUUUCGGGGGGCGGUGCAUGCAGAGAAGCCAACAGAGCAGUAAGCGCAGCAGCCGGAGUGUGGAAGAUGACAAGGAGGGCCACCUGGUGUGCCGGAUCGGCGAUUGGCUCCAAGAGCGAUAUGAGAUCGUGGGGAACCUGGGUGAAGGCACCUUUGGCAAGGUGGUGGAGUGCUUGGACCAUGCCAGAGGGAAGUCUCAGGUUGCCCUGAAGAUCAUCCGCAACGUGGGCAAGUACCGGGAGGCCGCCCGGCUAGAAAUCAAUGUUCUCAAAAAAAUCAAGGAGAAGGACAAAGAGAACAAGUUCCUGUGCGUCUUGAUGUCUGACUGGUUCAACUUCCAUGGUCACAUGUGCAUCGCCUUUGAGCUCCUGGGCAAGAACACCUUUGAGUUCCUAAAGGAGAAUAACUUCCAGCCUUACCCUCUACCACAUGUCCGGCACAUGGCCUACCAGCUCUGCCACGCCCUUAGGUUUCUACAUGAGAACCAACUGACCCACACAGACUUGAAGCCAGAGAACAUCCUGUUUGUGAAUUCUGAGUUUGAAACUCUCUACAAUGAGCACAAGAGCUGUGAGGAGAAGUCGGUGAAGAACACCAGCAUCCGAGUGGCUGACUUUGGCAGUGCUACCUUUGACCACGAGCAUCACACGACCAUUGUGGCCACCCGUCACUAUCGCCCGCCUGAGGUGAUCCUGGAGCUGGGCUGGGCACAGCCCUGCGACGUCUGGAGCAUUGGCUGCAUUCUCUUUGAGUACUACCGGGGCUUCACACUCUUCCAGACGCACGAAAACCGAGAGCAUUUGGUGAUGAUGGAGAAGAUCCUAGGGCCCAUCCCAUCACACAUGAUCCACCGUACCAGGAAGCAGAAAUAUUUUUACAAAGGGGGCCUGGUUUGGGAUGAGAACAGCUCUGACGGCCGGUAUGUGAAGGAGAACUGCAAACCUCUUAAGGGUGGCUGUGAAUGUAAUUGGGGAACACCAGAAGAGCCAGAUGUCAGAGACCGUGCUACUUCCUGCCCCAUCUUCUUUCAAUUUUGGGAAGAACUAGGCAGGACUGAGGUGAGGGGUAGGGAAGACCUAGACAUGGCCAGGAAGCCUCUGUCAACUGCAUUUGGUGCUUGGACAAGUGAAUUCCACAGAGGUGAUUUCUACCCACCUGUCAGAACUUUGCACGUGGGGGCAGAGUCACCAAGCCAGCAAGACACCCAGUAGCCUGACAAGUUCAGAGCAAACAUUAUUACAGGCACAAAAAGAAAAGAGCUGCUCAUUGUCCAGGAGGGGAGAAGUAGUCCUCCAGGGAGGCGUCCCUGCCUCCUCAGCCACGCAGCAAGGCUUCCCAGAGGCAAGGGGACCUGCUGUGGCUUCCCACGACCCUGCCAUCACACUGAGACACCUUGUGUCCCUGAGCAGAGUUAUAUGCUCCAAGACUCUCCGGAGCACGUGCAGCUGUUUGACCUGAUGAGACGGAUGUUAGAAUUUGACCCUGCCCAGCGCAUCACAUU